AUGUCAGAAGUGGACAACGAUCGCUCACAGACGAUGCCUCAGGAAGAGGGCAAAAAGGGAGCUGCAAACAUUACCGGUGAUGCCGGCCCUGACGCCCAAGUUGCGCAGCCCAAACCGAGUAUGUUGAAGAAAAUAUGGGCGAAAUUGGGUCUCGAUAUUCCCACAGUUCUCUUGAUGCUCAAGGGAGGACUGCCUCCAGCCAUUGCACUCGCAGCUUACCAGAGUGAUGAGUGGGCGAAACAGUACUCGACCCUGGGAUAUCUAAUCGCAAUCACGUCUUUUUUGUCUCUCCCAAUCCUCCCGCGGGCAAAAUUUGUCCAGUCCAUGGCAAUAUCCAUCAUCACGGUCUGCUUUGCUGCCGCCGUUUCCCUGCUGUCGAUACAAUGCGCUGUUGCUGCACGUCAACGAGGAGUCCACCCCCCCAGCUCUACAACCACUGGUUCCUCUGGGAGUAAGCAAAGUCUGCAAUACAGUUCGGCAGCCAAUGUUACGGCCUGCGUCUGGCUGUUCUUCUGGCUAUGGUUUGCAAAUUCGAUGCGGGCAGCCCGUCCCCAACUCUUCAUCGUAUCCAUUCAAUUCACCAUCUUCGUGGUUGUCGCCUCUACUUAUACUCCGACAUUUCCGAAUAUGGCAGCUGGGAUGAGCUUUGUGGAUCGACUGUUGAAGGUGUUUUUGACUGGAUAUGCUUUGGCCACUGCUGUGUCACUGCUCGUAAUACCAUUUUCCUCGAGGCUGAUCGCGAAAAAACAAAUUGCCGGCGUUCUUGGCUUGAUGAAAGCCUCUCUGUCCAUACACACAGCCUAUCUGCACGGUAUCACCACUUCUCAGACAGGCAGCCCAGGGCUCUUGGACGAGAAUGGGAACCCGUUGCCGCUACAUGCGAAUCCCGAAGCCCGGGUGUCCAUGAAGUCUGCCGAAGAAGCAGCUCAGAAGUUGAAGGCAACAAUCCAAAAAGCUAGUCAACUUUUUGGGCAGUUAAAGCUUGAGAUUGGGUUUGCUAAGAAAGAAAUCGGAUGGGGUAAGUUGAAACCAGAAGACUUCGGUCAAAUCUGGGAAAGAUUGCAGCACAUCCUCCUUCCAGUGGCUGGCUUGUCAACCUUUGUGGAUAUCCUUCAAUCGGUGAAACGCCACAAGGCCGAAGGAGAAAAUUUGAUUUCCGACCUGGACGCCAUUGAGGCUAUCAGACGGCUCGAGGCGGAGGAAUGGCAUGAAGUUGUCGUCAUGUCACGCGUUCCAUUCUGGAAAAUGAAGACCACUCUGAUAGACGGCCUGAAUCACGUUGCCUAUGUGCUGGAACUCACGCCUCGACCAAAGAGUCCCGAGAAAGAUAUCGAGACCUCCGCAGGUACAUCUCCAGCGCCAGGAGAUCCUGCCUUUUGUGAGUACCUGAAGGAACAGAUGGCCAUUUUCCAAGCCCAUCGGCAAGAAACAAUGCAAAAGUGGUGUGAGAAAAAGGGUAUAGAAGUGCCCGCGAGAUUCUGGGAAGAUGCAUCCUCUCAAUACAAUUUCACAGACGCAAGCUCUGUCCACGAGACCGUUCGACAAAAGCAGAACCACCAACAACUAUAUCUGAUCCUCUAUCUCGAGUAUCUCCUAUUCGCAGUCUGUCAGGCCGUGUUGGCUUUUGUUCUAUUUGCGGACUCGAAGGUGCGGGAUGGCACCAUGAGGAAGAACAGGCUGAUAUUUCCUGGUUGGAGACGGAUUCGCAAACUGAUGGAGAAUGCAUUCAAGCAAAUGGACGCUAGCGAAGGGUUGCAAGACGGACCAGCGUCGGGUAUCUACAUCUGGGUCGGAGACUCUCUCCAGAGACACAAGGACCCAGAACACCUACCGCCGACGAACUUGUAUCAGCGAGUGACAGACCGUCUGAGGAUCAUCCCUAAGUUUCUCGCAUCUGAUGCCGCGCAAUUUGGCUUCAGGGCGGCAACUGCGAGUAUCAGCCUGGCAAUUAUCGGCUACAUCCGCCAAACCCACAGCUUUUAUCUGGCCCAGCGUGGAAUCUGGGCUGUGAUCAUGGUCGCUAUCAGCAUGGGUGCGCAUGCCGGAGCCGGUGUCCAAGGAUUCCUUCUCCGCAUCCUGGGCACUGCCAUUUCCAUGGUCAUUUCGAUUACGGUGUGGUAUAUGGGUGACCAGAAACCCGCAGCUGUCAUUCCGCUGAUCUAUCUGGUCUUCGUCUGUGGCAUUUAUGUGAUACUAAAACACCCCAAACAACUCAUCACGGCCGUCAUCUCCAUUGUCACCACCAUUUUGAUUAUCGGAUAUGAGCUCCAAGAUAAGAAGGUUGGCACAGAGGUGCUCAGCAGCAAUGGACAAGCGUUCUAUCACGUCUACCUGCUUGCUCCAUAUCGUCUAGUCAGCGUUGUGGCAGGUUUGACCGUCGCUUUCUUCUGGACCUACUUCCCGUAUCCCGUCACCACGCACGCCACUCUCCGUAAAGACCUUGGCUCAACACUAUAUCUGAUGGCAAACUUCUACUCUUGCAUGCAUUCCACCGUCGAACUCUGUCUUCGAACCAGGCCCGAUCUCGCUAUUGACAAGAAAAACGACCCCAAGCGCAAGCUGGACAAGGCCCGCCGCCGGGUAUUCGACAAACUGAUGGUUAUGAUGAAUCGGCUCCGCGAACACAGCCAGUUCAUCAAGUACGAACCAACAUUUGGCGGGAAAUUUCCCAAGGAGACUUACGACGAGUUGAUUGUACACAUGCAAUCCCUCUUCAACUAUAUGGCGCUCACUGCAUACUCGACCACGGCGUUCUCUCACGACGGCCCGGAAUCCGAGUGGCUGAAGGAUUUCAAGCGGCUCACCGAGAAAUCGACAAUCACCUCGCACGCGCUCACCUCGACCCUGUGCCUCGUCUCGGCCAGUGUCACAAACGCCCAGCCACUCCCGCCGUACAUCAGCGUCACGCGGCCCAUUGACAUCGCCGGCCAACUAGCCAUGAUCGACCCAGGCAUUCUGAGCAUCAAGCACAUCAACGAACCGUGCUACGCAGCGUUCGCCGUCCUGGAGAUUGCAAGCAUCCUCAUUAUGCAGGAAAUGGUCGCCGUGCUUGCCAAGGUCCGCGACCUGGUCGGCGAGGUCGACUUCUCAGUGCACUUUGGUCCGUCUGGCUCCGUAUCCCAGAGCGACUCAACCUUGGGCCAAAGGAAGGACCUAGCUAACGGUGACGAGGCUGGGGGAAAAGGCAAGGUUGAUUGA